AUGGGAUCCAUCACGCCAAACCCCUCGGGGAAGAGAAUCAAGAUCGCAGUCGAUCGUGGCGGGACAUUCACAGAUGUCUGGGCAAGCGCUCCAAAUGAGCCGGAUGUUGUUCUGAAACUCCUCUCUGUUGAUCCCGGAAACUAUCAAGAUGCCCCAACUGAAGGCAUUCGGCGUGUCCUGUCAAUUUAUGGGGGGUUUGAAAUUCCGAGAGGGGUGCCUCUCCCAAAGCAAGAUCUUGACAUCGUGCGAAUGGGCACAACGGUGGCCACCAAUGCUCUUUUGGAACGAAAAGGGCGACGUCAUGCAUUACUCGUCACGAAAGGAUUCCGAGAUCUGUUGAGAAUCGGAUAUCAAUCACGGCCAAGGCUGUUUGACCUCGAUAUUGUCAAGCCUGAAGUGUUGUUUUCAGAAGUACGAGAGAUUGAGGAACGUGUCACCAUCGAAGGUUUCGAUGAGGAUAUCGAUGGGACUGUGAAAACUGACGUUGAUGAAAUCCCCGGCGUUCUGGUCCGUGGAUCCAGCGGAGACUUAAUGAGGAUAUUGAAACCUCUUGAUGAGAGUGGUGUCAAAGAUACCCUCCAAGAGCUCCGGCAAAUGGGGAUGGAAAGUGUUGCUAUUUGUUUCACCCACUCUCACAUUUUUGGUGGUCAUGAGAGACGCGUGGGGGAGCUUGCCGAGGAGGCUGGUUUCAAUCAUAUUUCAUUAUCUUCCGAGGUGGCUGCGAAGAUGAUCAAAAUGGUGCCUAGAGGGAGCUCUGCCUCCGCAGAUGCUUAUCUUACCCCCGAGAUAAAACAGUAUCUUCGCGGUUUCGUCAAGGGCUUCGAAGGCAGUCAUCUUAACAAUGUCAAGUGCGACUUCAUGCAAUCGGAUGGUGGACUAGUCAACUACAAAGGCUUCAGCGGCCUCAAAGGCAUACUGAGCGGCCCUGCUGGCGGUGUUGUUGGCUGUGCCCGCACUUGCUACGAGGCUGCGAGUAAAACUCCGAUAGUCUGCUUUGACAUGGGAGGCACGUCAACGGACGUGUCAAGAUUCGGUGGUACAUUCGAGCAUGUAUUCGAAAGCACAACAGCGGGGGUGACGAUACAAAGCCCGCAACUCGACAUCAACACUGUUGCUGCUGGAGGCGGCUCCAUUCUGUUCUGGCGAAAUGGACUGUUUGCUGUCGGGCCAGAAAGUGCAUCUUCCCAUCCAGGUCCUGCAAGCUAUCGAAAAGGGGGUCCAUUGACAGUGACCGAUGCCAAUUUGUUCCUGGGCCGGCUCGUGCCAGAUUAUUUUCCAAAGAUCUUUGGGGGGAGCGAGAAGGAGGCGCUAGACGCCGAUGUUGUCGCUGGAAAAUUCGUCGAGUUGACAAGGUCUAUCAACGCAGAGACUGGCAAGUCUAUGAGUCCAGAGGAAAUUGCGUAUGGAUACCUUGAUGUUGCUAACGAGGCCAUGUGUCGGCCGAUCCGAUCCCUGACAGAAGGCAAGGGUUACGAAAUCAGCAAGCAUCGACUUGGCGUCUUCGGUGGUGCAGGUGGCCAACAUGCUUGUGAAAUUGCUCUCAAGCUCGGAAUCCAAACACUCAUCAUUCACAAAUAUUCCAGCAUUCUCUCAGCCUACGGCAUGGCGCUAGCGGAUGUCAUUCACGAAGAGCAGGAGCCGACAAAUGAAUUCUACAACCGCCAAUCCCUCAAUAUAUUGAGCCAACGGGUUGAAGGGUUGAAGAAGAAAGUUUCUACUCAACUUCGUCAACAAGGGAUCCUGGAGGAAGAUAUUGAAUAUGAAUGCUACUUGAACAUGAGAUACCAAGGGACUGAGACAGCUAUGAUGGUUUUGAGGCCAGCAGACGGAGACUACGAGGCCGAAUUUCUACGCAUUCAUUUGAGGGAGUUCAGUUUCGUCUUCCCAGCCGCGAGAUCAAUCUUGGUUGAUGAUGUCCGGGUCAGAGGCAUUGGGAAAAGUGGAACGAAUGACGAAGAUGGCCAGCGUCUGGGAGAAGAGCUAGCCAACAUGAAGCUCAGGUCGGUACUCGAAUCUCUGGCUGAGAAGGAGACAUCAGUGUACUUCAAAUCCGGAGGCAUGCAGACGACUCCCCUCUAUAUGCUAGAGAAACUUUCUCCUGGCAUGUCAAUUAUCGGCCCGGCAGUCAUCAUCGAUAAAACUCAGACCUUGGUAAUAAUUCCAGGAGCCGAAGCCCGAAUCCUCACAUCCCACGUCGUGAUUGAAAUCAACGCGUCAAAGACUAGCACCGCCUAUGCAUCACUCACAGUAGAUCCCAUACAAUUAUCUGUAUUUGGUCACAGAUUUAUGAGCAUUGCGGAACAGAUGGGAAGAACACUUCAGAAGACUGCCGUCUCACUGAACAUAAAAGAGCGACUUGACUUUUCAUGCGCCAUCUUUGGGCCAGAUGCAGGACUCGUUGCCAAUGCUCCACACAUUCCCGUACAUCUUGGCUCCAUGAGCUACGCUGUCCAAUACCAGCAUGAGCUCUACAAAGGUCAGCUGAAACCAGGGGAUGUACUGUGCUCGAAUCAUCCGGAGAGCGGAGGCACCCACCUCCCCGAUAUCACAGUCAUCACUCCUAUCUUUGGAGACGAUCGACAAGUUGCAUUUUAUGUUGCAGCUCGUGGUCAUCACACCGACAUUGGCGGGUACAACGGGACAUCCAUGCCUCCCGAAUCGACCGAGCUUUGGCAAGAAGGUGCUCAGAUGCGCUCUUUCAAACUCAUCGAAAAUGACUAUUUCGACGAGGAAGGCAUCAUCAAAGUUCUCCUCGAGCCAGCCAAGUAUCCCGGUUGCAACGGAAGCCGAAGACUUUCAGACAAUAUUUCAGAUCUCAAAGCACAAGUAGCAGCCAAUAACAAAGGCGCGACGCUUAUCAAAGCUCUAAUGAGCGAGUAUACUCAAGAAAUAGUACAGCUCUACAUGCUCGCCAUCCAGAACAACGCCGAGAUCGCCGUCCGAUCAUACCUCUCACAAGCACUUAAGACUCUCGGACCCAAACUGUCAGCAGUCGACUCCAUGGACAACGGCUCCGAAAUCCACCUAGACGUAUCAAUAUCAGAAAACGGAACUGCAGUCUUUGACUUCACAGGCACAGGCUGCGAAAUGUUAAGUAAUCUCAACGCUCCCCCUGCAAUCACUUACUCCGCCAUUAUCUACGCCCUGCGCCUCCUCAUUGGCUCAGACAUCCCCAUGAACCAAGGCUGUCUAGCUCCUAUCAGUGUCAUCCUCCCUCAAGGAAGCUUCUUGAACCCCUCAGCUGGACCGGCUGUGUGUGCUGGGAAUACUCAAACUUCUCAGCGCGUUGUAGACGUUAUUCUCCGCGCUUUCUCUGCAGCGGCCGCUAGCCAGGGAUGUAUGAACUGCCUUGGUUUCUUUGGCUCCGGCGGGUCUGAUGCUGAUGGGAACCCACUUCCAGGCUCUGCCUACGCGUUUGGGGAGACGAUUGCAGGUGGCUCCGGUGCCACAUCACGUCAGCAUGGAGCAAAUGCGGUGGCGGUUCACAUGACGAAUACGCGCAUCACUGAUCCGGAAAGUCUAGAGAAGAGGUAUCCUGUAAUCCUCCGUGAAUUUUCCAUCAGAGACGGUAGUGGUGGGAGGGGUGUACAUAACGGAGGGGACGGUGUGGUGAGGGAUAUUGAAUGUCGGGCGCCAUUGAAAUUUAGUGUUAUUACUGAGAGGAGGGUCAUUGCUCCCUAUGGGAUUGAGGGUGGUGGUGAAGGUGGGAAGGGUGCGAAUUACUGGGUUAAGAAGAACCUAGACGGGACAGAAAGGUGGGUGAGUAUGGGGCCGAAGAAUAUGGUGCAGAUGCAGGUUGGCGACAGAUGUGUUAUUCACACGCCUGGUGGUGGCGGAUGGGGCAUCCCUGGAAGCACGAUUACAAAGGCGCAGGCAGAGGACAAGGCUCUAGAUGAGGUUGGCAUCGUGCAUUUCCCCAGAGCGGUGGAAAGUCUUGCAGCUUUUAAGGCCACACAGGGUGGGCAGCAUUGA